UGCAGUGGGUGAAGCUGAGCCCCGAGGAGAUCCCCGGGCGCAUCCAGGCCAUCACGGGCAAGCGCGGCCGGCCCCGCAACGCCGAGAAGGCCAAACCCAAGGAGCCCCCGGCCACCAAGCGGGGCCGGGGCCGCCCUCCCAAGGUCAGGAUGGUGGAUUUGCUGAGCAAGACGGACGCGAGGCUGCUGAAGAGGCUGGAAGCACAAGAGGUGCUCAGCGAGGAGGACAAGUUGAAAAUGAGCAAGAUCAAGAAGAAAAUGAGGCGGAAGGCCAAGAACAAGCAGAAGCAGGAGGCCAAAGCCCCCAGGGCCAAGGAGGUCAAGAAGAAAUCCAAGGCCAAGGAGAAGAAGGGGAAGCCAGAGAAGGGCAAGGACAAGGCCCGGCCCAAGGAGAAGAAGGGCAAGGGGGCUCGGAAGGCGGACAAGGGGCUGCUGGCCCAGCGGCGCCUGGAGGAGCGGCAGCGGCAGCAGCUCAUCCUGGAGGAGAUGAAGAAGCCCACGGAGGACAUGUGCCUGGGGGACCACCAGCCCCUUCCAGCCUUCUCCCGCAUCCCGGGGCUCGUCCUGCCCAGCCGCGCCUUCUCCGACUGCCUGACGGUGGUGGAGUUCCUGCAGAGCUACGGGAAGGUGCUGGGGCUGGAGCCUGCUCGGGAUGUGCCCACGCUGGGCGCGCUGCAGGAGGGGCUGCUGGGG